AUGAGCAAACAGUUUGAUGUUUGGUAUCAUGACCCCCAUGAAGUCACAUGGAACAUUCUGGCUAACCCUGACUAUGUAAAUGAGUUUGAUUAUUGGCCAUUCCAUGAAUUUUCGGUCAACAAGGAUGAAUGUCGCUUCCAGGACUUUAUGUCAGCUGAUUGGGCCUGGCAGCAAGCGGAUAUUAUCGCCACUGAUCCCAGCAAUCUCGGAGCUACAUUUGUACUGAUAAUACUUGGAAGUGACAAGACCACUGUAUGCCAUGUCAAAGCCCGAGAUUGUCCAUAUAUCAUGGACUACGAGGAGCAGGUGUUACUUAUGUCGAUCAUGAGGAGAUGGUGUCUGAGAGAGGCCCUCUUUGAAGAGGAUAGAUUCAGUAGCAUGCUGUGGAGUGAAUUUGGUAUUGUUGGAGAAGUCAUGCUUAUCGCACCAGAUCUCCUUCACCAGAUUAUUAAAGGCUGCUUCAAGGACCAUCUUGUUGCAUGGGUGGAGAGGUACCUCCAUCAUAUUCACAGAAAACGCGAAGCAGAGUGCAUUAUGGAUGAUAUAGACCAAUGUCUGGCUGCUGCUGUUCCAUUCACUGGCUUGCAAUGUUUUCUGCAGGGCUGUGGAUUCAAACAGUGGACUGGGGACGACUCAAAGGCGCUCAUAAAGAUAUAUCUGCCUGCAAUAGAAGGCCAUUUACCAACCGAUGUCAUCCGCACAUUUCAUGUGUUUUUGGAAUUCUGCUACCUAGUCCGAAAGAACACCAUCAUGUAG